AUUUUUCCUUAAUGGAAUCUAGAAGACUAUUGAGCCCAUUCAACAGAAGUCGGCGUGUAGACUUGAUCCUCCAAAAAGCAGCAAAGAUCCAGAAUAAAGGAUUACAUGGACAUAAAAAUUUAUCCUUUCUCAAAAGCCCAAAGAAGACUUCUCGAUCGAUUUCCACUAUGAAAUCUCCUUGUAGCCAACAGACAGAAGAAGAAUUAUCCAAUCAUGUAAAGAAGCCGAGUCUGCCUUGGAAAGAGCCAAAAGCCCAUGCCCGUACUAGGCUUCAAGGAUUUAGACGAAGUAAUACAAUCAUGAAGAAGAACAGCAAAAUCAACCUGAACAGAUAUAUAAAAAGUAGUUCAUCUAAAUCAAGAGAAAAUUUGAAUAGAAGUGAGAGGCUCGAUAAGCAUACCUUCACUAGGAUCAACUUCUCAAGACAACGGUUGACUAAUAGUUUCUCUAAGAAGAAAAUCACUGUUGCUGAAUUGAAUAAUUACUUAAAUCUGAAUAACACUGAAGAUUCACGUAAUGGCUGAUUCUCAGAAGAUCGAAGCCCAAGAAGAAUAGCCCUGAAAAAUGAGAGAAUAGUAUUGCUUUCCCAGAAAAGAAGGAGUAAAAGAAUAACCCAGAGCCAUCAUAACUUGACGAAAAUAUUUAAUAAGAAGCAGAAAUUUAGGAAAAAGAGAAAAAUUACAGGAAUACAUGAUAUCAACAUACAUUUAGAGCUGAAAUUUAACCCAAUGGUUUUGUUAAACAAUGGAUACAAGCAUUAUCGUUAUAUUCCAUUUUCAAAAAAAUAACUACUCCUUUUUCUAACUCACUAAAUCUAAAAAACUCUUUUCUUCUUCCCUAGGGGCUAAAAUUCAAUUCCAACAUCAUUCCCAACCUCAAAACAACCCU